CAAUAAUAAUAAUAAUUAUAAAUAUUCAUUGAUAAACUGAGAGCAUUCAUUUGAUAGACUGGUUUUGUAUUACGUCAUAAAUAUUUAAAUAUAACCGUUGCAGAAACCGUUGGGACUGGUAUGCUCUGUUCUCGUUUAGAUCUUUGUUUGGUGUUACGGGGCGAACGAGACGUGAGACAUAUCCAUAUGCAAGGCUUUAUUCCAAGACGUGGUCACAAAAAAAGGCAAGAGUCAAACAAUGGCAAACAGGUAUGACACAGGUAAGGCAAAGAAUAUUCCUAGAGCUAGCGUGGGUCUACGAUCGGCGAACAAUAUCCAGAGGGCUUGACAUGAAGGGUAAUCCAAAUAACACAAGCAAUAGUCCAGGCGAGGUGCAAACAUGGUCCAAAAACAGCAGGCAAAGGGUUAAUCCAAGAUACACAGGCAGAAGAUCAGGAGCCAGACAACAAGGCAACACGAAAUGACUUGGAUGUAGCCAUAAUAGAGUGAUAUACGCUCAACAAUACUCGGCAGUGAGAAGGAAGAGGAAGUCCAAGGCUUAUAAAGCGUGUCUGAUUGGAUUCAGCUGUGUGUGUGUAAUCAGUGCAAAGGAUGAUGGGAACUGUAGUCCGGAGUGACGUGUAACAGUCUGUGUGGUGUGAGAGUCAAUAUGAAGGAGAGGAGACCUCUUGUGGCAGUCGGACGGAAGACUAUGAACCGGAUUUGUGACAUUUGGGUUUCAAAGAAGAAAUUUAAAAAAAGGCUUUCCAAUUCCUCUCAACGCGGGUCAUUUCAGCUCAGUAGGAUAUCAUUCUGAAAGAAAAACAAUAUAUAUUUAUAGAGAUCUAAAGCAGAACAGAGAGCAAUGAGAAAUUAAAUGAAACUUAAUGUAAUCGUAGAAACGUCCAGCUUCAGCUGCUGCUUCUCGUCUCAAAUCUGGACUGAUUUUAUCAAGUAAGCGUCAGAAUAACUGCAGUCAUGUCUCCAGAUGAACACUUACUGAAGCAGCUCAGCUUUACUUGAUUCUCCAUCAAUCAUUUUCUAGAAACAUCAGCGCGUCUCAAAUCUGAUCAUCAGGAUCUUCUGAGGAGCUUUACUUUCACUGUUCCUCAGCGGAGGAAUGAUCUUCAUCUCACAUCUUCUGAGGAGCUUUAUUUCUUCAUCUCUCCAUCAGCAUUGCAUUAUAUGUACAUCUCAUCUUACUGAGACAUAUUACUGGAGAUAUAGAGCGACCGCUGAUAUUUAUGUCAGUAUCUGUUAUAAAGAUCUCAUUGAUUUACAUCACAAGCAGCAGAAUUUCAUUUAUAUCAGCAUCUGCAGCAAGUCUCUGAAUGAAACUGAGCUGUUUUUCCUUCACAUUCUCACUGUAUCAGACUAUAUACAAGCCUGAUUGAUAAAAUAUGAUGUUUUGAAGUUCAUUGCAUGACAGACUUUCUGAUUGAACAUGUUCUCAUGAGUCUUUGCAGCAGAGCUGGUUUGCUCAUACUGACUUCUUUCUUCUUUCCUGUGAAGAACAUGCAACAUUGUGCUGAGGCUCCGGUCGAGGGGCGGAGUGUGUGUGUGUGUGUGUGUGUGUGUGUGUGUGUGUCUUUGUCUAGAGUUACAGAGCUUCAUCUGUCCAGAGGCGUAUGGGUGGAGAGACUCUCAAAUAUGCGUGUGUUCAGAUCCAGAGCUCACAGCGGCGUGGAGAAGAUGUUUACCAACGCUGGACUUUGUACCCGAAGCCUUUCUGAGUUUCUGAACGCAUGCGGACGGAGAGACGAACAACAGAAGUGAAUAAAACAAACAUGGAGAGCAGAAGAUCGAGGAGCACUGGGUGAAAGAGAUGGAGACGCUUCUUGCUGAAUGCACGGACUGAAGGCUGAGAUGAACCCGCUGCGCAGCUGCAGGAGGAGGACGAGUGCGUGUGGUCUGCUGCUGCGCAUGUGUCUGCUGCUGUCUCUGCUCUGCGUCUGCGCUCACAUCUACAUGCAGCUCGAGGCUCUGCGUCUCCAGCAUCACAGGACUGUCGCCACGGCAACAGAUGCUGCAGCUGACGCUGGAUCCACCUGCUGCUCAGCGCUGAAGCAUCACAGACGGAUGUCCAGAUGGAAGAUCUCUCUGGAGCCAUGGGCCGCUGAGACUCGAGGCUUACAGGAGGAGGCGGAUCGGUUCCUCAGAUACAUCUCCACUCCGCAGCUGUCCUGCCAGAGACCCGCGUCUGUGCCGCCCGUCUUUGACGCAGAGCAUCAUGGGUCGUGGGUCCUGUGUUUGGACCGCAGGUUCAGUCUGGCACAGCGGAUCGUGUCCAAACACUGCCGUGUCUAUUCGCUCAGGCUGGGAGCGGAGGACGAUGCUCUGGAGCGGUUAUUAGCCGGCUCCGGCUGUGAGGUUCACUGUUUUGACCCCAGCAUCAGACGAGCUCAUCUGCAGGACCAUAACAUGUGGCUCCACCGGCUCUCCGUGGACUGGAGGGACCCAAACCCCGCCGUCCCGAUACAGAGACUACACAGCAGCUCCAAGAAACUCGCCGCCAUCCUCAGCCACUUCGGACACAGACAGGUGGAUGUCCUGAAGGUGGACCUGGAGAGCGCGGAGUGGAAGAUCCUGGAGAACCUGAUCCUGGAGCAGGUGCUGGAAUCGGUCGGUCUGCUGCUGCUGGAGCUGCACCUGCAGUGGGCGGGGUUUGAGGUGGGCGGGGACGAGCCCUCGGUGGUCCGCUAUUGGUUCAGUCUGCUGAGGGAGCUGGAGCACGCUCACUUCCGCCUCUAUCACAGCUACAGCGACCCGAGCAAGCCACGCCUCUUCCUGCACAGAAACCUCGGGAACACCAGCAGCUCCUUCACACUGGGCUGGGUCAACACACGCUUCACGCCGCAAGGAUGACCUUCUCAAUCAUGCAUUUAUGCCUCCUCUGUGUAAAGACGCCUAAAUGCCACUUCAGAAGCGCUUCUGUGCCUCUUCGCCGUGUAAGUCGAUGAGAACGUGACAUUUGUGACCACAAAACCAGUCAUAAGGGUCCAUGUUUUGAAAUUGAGAUUUAUACAUCUCAAUUGUAUAAACAAGCUUUCCAUUGAUGUACGGUUUGUUAUAUUUGGCUGAGAUACAACUAUUUGUAAAUCUGGAAUCUGAGGGUGCAAAAAAAAUCUAAAUAUUGAGAAAAUCAUCUUUAAAGUUGUCCAAAUGAAGUUCUUAGCAAUGCAUAUUACUAAUCAAAAAUGAAGUUUUGAUAUAUUUAUGGUAAGAAACUUACAAAAUAUCUUCAUGGAACAUGAUCUUAAUAUCCUAAUGAUUUUUGGCAUAAAAGAAAAAUGUAUAAUUUUGACCCAUACAAUGUAUUGUUGGCUAUUGCUACAAAUAUACCUGUGCUGCUUAUGACUGCUUUUGUGCUCCAGGGUCACAUUUAAAGAUGUAAUAUUACAGCGGUGGCCAAAAUGAUUAGAACACUAGAAACAGAGCAAACUGAGACUAAAUCCAUAUAAAAAAUAUAAACUGAUACUGACACACUACAGCAAAAGAGUUUUAGCUGCUCAAAACACUAGUGUUGUAAUCAUUUUGGCCACCACGGUAUAUCAUAUAUUAUUAAUAGCUAUCUUUUUGUGAAAAGAGCAGGUGUAAAACCAUCCAAAAUGCAUUUGAGACAGACUGCAGUUGAAUUAAAAUGACUAUUUGCAAUUUUUUUUCAGUACAGAAUAAAAUAUAUGUAUGGUAUAUUUUUUUAAAAACGUUUCUUGAUAAAAAUAGGUUGAAUUCAGAUAUUUAGAUAUAUGAACUGAAUUCACUCAACAUUUUGUACAAAAGGACUAUUUUUGCGGUGUUUUUUUUAGUACAAAAUAGAAUAUAUUUAUGGUAUAUUUUGUUAACGUUGCUUGAUAAAAAUGGGUUGAAUUCAGAUCAGUUCAGGCUAUUUUAUGAAUAUGAGAAAACCUGAAUUCACUCAACAUUGUGUGCAAAUACAAUGUCUGUAAAAUAUAUUUAUCACGUACCUUGACUCUUGGAGGACAAUCUUCACUGAGAUUGCUGAAGUGCAUUUUGGGAUUGCUGCCUUCGUGAAGGGAUGAGCAAAAUGUUUUGUGUAAUAAACACAGUAUAAUGACAAAACCUCUGUUGUGCAGUUAUGAUCUUUGCUUCUGUAGAAACAGCAGGUUUG